AUGUCUGAGCGAAAAGUGCUGUCCAAGUACUAUCCCCCAGACUUCGAUCCAUCGAAGCUCGAGCGGCGGCGAGGUCCAAAGCAGACUGGACCGAAAGUCCAGACAGUCCGUCUCAUGGCCCCAUUCAGCAUGAAGUGCACAUCCUGCGGCGAGUUUAUAUACAAGGGCCGCAAGUUCAACGCUCGAAAAGAGACCACGGACGAGAAAUACUACAACAUCACAAUUUUACGCUUCUAUAUCAAGUGUACGCGAUGUUCUGCAGAAAUCACCUUCAAAACUGAUCCCAAGAACAUGGACUAUACUUGCGAACGAGGAGCGAAGCGAAAUUUUGAAGUAUGGCGAGAAGCGAAACUCGCCGAGGAAACCGAGGAAGAGCGGCUUGAUCGCAUUCAGAAGGAGGAAGACGAGCGCGAUGCGAUGAAAGAUCUCGAGAAGAAAACGCUUGAUGCAAAGACAGAGAUGCAAAUCGCAGACGCACUAGACGACAUUCGGCAUCGCAAUGCAGCACGAGCGCGCGCUGAGAAAGAUGGAGUCGGCAUAGCGCCUGCGGCUCCAACAGUGGAUGAAGAAAAAGAGAGGAUAGAGCGGGAGCUAGAAGAGCAGGCACGCAUGGCUUUUCAGAGCAGCACUGGCGAACGCGUGCGGCGACUGGGCGAUGAGCUGGAAGAUGACGACUCCAUUUUGAUGCCUCCGCCAGCGAUACCGACUUUCCAACGCACGGCGAAAGCGAAGAAAGAUCCGAAGGCUAUCCUCGGAAUCAAGAAGAAGACGACUGAGCCUGUCACUGCCCCAAUUGCAGAGGCUUCCAAGCCUGCGGUCGCAACUCCUAGCUCUGCGCCUGCAGCAACCCCGGUGGUAUCGCUGGGUCUUGGUGAUUACGAUUCUGAUUGA